AUGUUUUCUUUUUUAAUAGUAAGUGCCGUUUUACUAACCUAUACAAGAGCUCAACUGUCUAAUGAAACUGAACUUUUAAACGUUUCAUCGUCGUGUCCAGAUACCAUAUGUGACUACAUUUCAUUACAUAAACUGUCGUCACUUCUCUCGCUUAGAGCAACAGUAACAUUCUCAAACCAUUAUACAGCGCAUGGUACAGCAGCACAACAGGCUCAAUGGAUUGUAGAUCCUCAUCGAGAAAUAAUUGGCUGGAAUGCAGGUGCUUUUGCUCCACAAUACGUUCAAUUAGAUUUAAAUCAAAAACACACUAUCUAUUGUAUACGUUUACAUGUAGAACAAUGUCCUCCUGGUGAAACGAUACAUCAUAUAUUGGUCGGUGCGGAUAAGAAUCAUUUAGAAAUGGUGAGAGAAUUCAAUUUUACAACACUGAGAGGAGAUCGACUAGUCCAUACAUUUAUACCUCCAUAUGAUAAUGUGAGAUAUAUUCAAAUUAAAACAUUACAAAGUCCGUCGUGGGUUGCGUGGAUAAAUGUUCAAGUUUAUGGGGCAUCAAUGAAACACAGUUUUAAUAUAUCGUAUAUUUUUAUCACAUUAUUUGCUCUAAUAACAAAGUAUUUUCACUAG